AUGGUCGUCCAAGCUCGUCGCAAGUGGUGGCACAUCCAAUGGUACUCCGACACCGAUACACCGGAGGAACGCAGAUUGAUCAACAGACUUGACCUUCUCAUUGUUCCGUACGCGGUUCUGAGCUACUGGGUCAAGUACAUUGAUCAAUCGAACCUGAACAAUGCCUACGUUGCCGGCCUGAAGGAAGACCUCGGAUUCAAGGGCAAUGAACUCGUCCAACUGCAGACGUUUUACAUCAUCGGAGCUGUCACUGGGCAGCUGCCGAUGAUGUUUGUCCUGACAUACAUCCCGAUCCAUUGGCUCAUUCCCUUUUUGGACAUUGCCUGGGGCGUCUUUACACUCCUCCAGUUCCGCGUUACUGGAUUUGCUGAGUUGGCUGCAUACCGCUUCCUAGUCGGCUGGUUUGAGGCUGCCUUCUUCCCGGUUAUGCACUAUCUUUUUGGCUCCUGGUAUCGUGGAGAUGAGAUCGCGAGACGUGGCGGCAUCUUCUAUGUCGGUCUUUCACUUGGCACACUCACUGCGGGUCUGAUCCAAGCUGGCGCCUCUGCACGACUCGACGGAGUGCAUGGACUCGCUGGCUGGAGAUGGAUGUACAUCAUCUGCUCUCUCAUCACCAUUCCCAUCGGCAUCUUGGGCUACUUCGUCAUCCCGGGCACCCCUGAACAGCCCAACCGACUCGUUCUCAAGAGAGAAAACAUCGAAUUGAGCGUGGAGAGACUGAAGCGCGCAGGUCACUCAUCUCACGGAAAAUUCAAGUUCAGCAACUUGAAGAAAGUCUUUUUCUCGUGGCAAUUCUGGGGAAUCAUUGUUGUGGACGUUCUCUUCUGGAAUGCAGGUAUUCACACCUCGUCGGGUAGCUUCUUGCUCUGGAUCAAGAGUCUCGGUCGUUAUUCGGCAGCCAAGGUGAACGAACUCGGCACGAUUGCGCCUGCUCUCGGCAUCUUCUACACUUUGUUCGUCUGUUUCGCAUCGGAUCUCGUCAUGGGGCCGGCCUGGGCAAUCACGAUGUCAAGUGCUUGGAACGCCCUGGGGCUUCUCAUCUUGACUAUUUGGAACGUCCCGGAGCCUGCCAAAUGGUUCGCAUUCUCCACCAUCUACUCUUCAGUUGCACUGUCGAGUGUGUUUCAUGGGUGGGUGAAUACACAAUUGCGGUCUUCACCAGCAGAAAGAUCCUUCACACUCGUCCUCAUCAACGCUAUCUCUCAGUCGUCUACGGCAUGGACCCCGCUCUUGGUCUUUCCCACAGUCGAGGCACCUCGGUACCCCAAGGGCUUUGCGUUUACCCUGGCCUGUGCCAUUCUUCUCAUCGUCGCAACUCACAUUUUGCGUAUGUACGUCAAGCGCAGAGAUCCUCAACUCGAGAAUUCUAGCGGGUUUCCUGAAAGUGAUCAUGAAGACAUCUCAACCAUGGAACACGGCAAGCAACCACCAGUUGCAGUGAGUGGAAGAGAUGACAGAAGCGACUGA